AGGAGGCGGAAGAGGGUGUGGAGCAGGAGCUGGAGCAAGGAGGGGGCAUGCAGGGGGGUGCUGCUGCACACGGCAGCGCGGCUCACCUCAUGGAGGGUGUGGAGGAGGGGUCGGCGGCAGCGGCAGCAACUGACCCAUACGAGUACGCUGCUGGCGGCUCCCACGGCGCUGACGAGGAGGGCGAUGACGUCAGCAUGCGCUCGGCUGCCAGCAGCCGCGACCGCGGCGGCGAGGAUGAUGCUGAUUAUGAGGAUGCUGAUGACGAGGAUGCGGCUGCCGGGACCGCCGCCGGGGACGAUGUGGCAAUGGCAGCUGUCGCUGCUGCGGCAAGGCCCUCUGAAGGGGCGCCGGCGGGUGCUUCUGCGGAAGUCGCGGAGGACGCGUACAGCCCCCUCGCUAACACCCCUGGCCGCCACGGCGGCGGCGGCGGCGGUGGAGACGGUGGCGGCGGCGGCGAUCCGUCGGCUUCCCCGGCUGCUGCCUCGGAAGAAAGUUGCGAGGGUGUGUUCUGGUCACAUGUGGCCUCGCUGGCGGGUCUGCGGUCGCUGGUGCUGCGGGGUGGGGAGCUGCGGGCGGCGGACAGGGCGGGGCUGGAGGCCUGCAGCGGGCUGCAGCAGCUGGAGGUGAACCACGUUGUGAACACGCAGCCGGGUCUGGCCUGCCUGUCCGCCCUCACCUCCCUCACGCGGCUGGUCAUCGAGAACCUGCAGUACUCGGGCGGCGCCAUCCACGACGAGUUCUGCGGCCUCAGUCGGCUGACGGGGCUGCGGGCCCUGAGCUUCCGGGUGGUGGGGCCGCUGCCGGCGGAGGUGCGGGCGUGGGGGGAGCUGAGCGGCCUCACUCAGCUGGAGAUCACUCAGCACUACGACGAGCACCUGCUGCCCUGCUUCUCCGCGCUGCUGCCCCGCCUGACGCAGCUGCGGUCGCUGCACCUGUCCAACUUCGACAUCACAAACGCCAUGCUGGAGGCGCUGCGCCCCUGCGUGCACCUCAGCUCGCUGCAGAUGGGCCGCAUCAACCUGCGGGCGCCGUGCGGGGAAGCCAUGCAGCAGGUGCGGGUGCUGCAUCUGGGUUACGUGGACGACUUCCAGCGCACCUCCGUGCCGCUGUCCUCCGUGUUCCCGCGCCUGUCCGAGCUCUCACUGCGCACCCACUACCUGCUGACACUGCACUCCGCCGGCC